AUGCCAUGGAGCAUGCUGGCGGAGAAGCUGUGCGCAUCGCAGGAAAGCAGUGAGUCGCAGACAGCUGUAGCAGAGGCUCUGGCGAAUGACUCAGGGAGCAGUGAUGGUGAGGAUGCAGUGGAGCCGCCUCGCGAGAUUUGGUGGGCAUCACUGCUGAAGCAGCACACUGAAGCUCUGGGCUUCAGUGUGCCUGAAAGGUUAGAGCCGCUGCGGCUCCUGUCGGCGUGCAGUGGGUCAUGUGCGGAAGCUGUUGCCUUCAAGGAGCUCGGGAUCCCUUUUGUUUGCGUUGGCACCAGCGAGAUCAACGAGGACUUCAGGAAAUUCCAGCUCGCAAACACUCCUCAGAUUCAGCACCAGCACAUGUCUUUGGGGGACCAACUCGAGGGGAAGAGCUGUGCCCUGCACCCUCAGUCGCAGUGCUGCUGUGUGGCGCCGUCUCCGGAAUGCCUUGUGCUUGGUGCUCCUUGCAAUCCUUUUUCGGUGAUGCGAGCCAAAAGAUUUCACGAGAACUCCGUCAUGCAGCAUCGCCAAACAGGGUUGUCAUUUGAUGGAGCCCUGGACCUGCUGAAGAAGUUUCGUCCUGUGACCAUGAUCGUGGAGACGACCGACGGCUUUCUGGCGCCUUUUGACAAGACCACCCAGGACUCCCCGUACAAAAUGCUGCUCGGAUAA